AUGGUGCAGAAAUCUCUCAACGGCGGGGUUUACCCAGCUCAAGCCGGAGAGAAGAAGCACAAAGUCGGGUUCGUCGGUUUGGACCCCGGGGCUCCCGAAUCCAGCAGGGACGGGGCGCUGCUCAUUGCGGGCUCGGAAAGCACCAAGCGGAGCAGCAUCCUCUGCAGACCCAGAUCGAGCAUCUCCGCGGGGAGACCCAGACCGUCGAAGAAAAAUGCCAACUAUCGGAAACUACAGAAUUUCCUGUACAAUGCGCUGGAGAGACCGCGGGGAUGGGCGUUCAUCUACCAUGCCUAUGUCUUCCUGCUGGUCUUCUCCUGCCUCAUACUCUCAGUGUUUGCCACCAUCAGAGAGUUCAAAAAUAGCUCAGAGAGUGCCUUGUACAUCCUGGAAAUUGUGACCAUCGUGGUGUUUGGAGUGGAGUACAUUGUGAGGAUAUGGGCCGCCGGCUGCUGCUGUCGAUACCGAGGAUGGAGAGGGAGGCUCAAAUUUGCCAGAAAGCCUUUCUGUGUCAUCGACAUCAUGGUGCUGAUUGCAUCAGUGUCCGUGUUGGCAGCUGGAUCUCAGGGCAACGUUUUUGCCACCUCGGCCAUCAGAAGUCUGAGGUUCCUGCAGAUUCUGCGCAUGCUGCGUAUGGAUCGCCGUGGAGGGACCUGGAAGCUGCUCGGAUCUGUAGUUUAUGCCCACAGCAAGGAGCUCAUCACAGCGUGGUACAUCGGCUUCCUGUGCCUCAUCUUGGCUUCGUUCCUGGUCUACUCCGUGGAAAAGGAGUCAAACAUUGAGUUUGAGACCUACGCCGAUGCUCUUUGGUGGGGACUGAUCACGCUCACCACCAUCGGUUAUGGUGACAAGGUUCCCAAAACUUGGAACGGACGCCUGCUGGCAGCUACUUUCAGUAUGAUCGGGGUGGCCUUCUUUGCACUUCCUGCUGGCAUCCUGGGUUCUGGCUUUGCCCUCAAAGUCCAGGAGCAGCACAGACAGAAACAUUUUGAGAAGAGACGUAACCCUGCUGCAGGCCUCAUCCAGGCUGCUUGGAGGUUUUACGCCACCAACCUUUCCCGUACAGAUCUGCUGUGCACUUGGGAUUUUUAUGAGCAGACUGUAGCUGUUCCAAUGUACAGGUAA